AUGUUGGAUCAAUUAAGUCCCAAGCUCCAAAGAUUUGAGGGAGCCAGUGACCGCGCCUAUGAAUCUUAUCAAGAGUAUUUAGAAGUUUGCCGGCAGGGGGAUGUUGCUCAAGUCCAACAGCUCCUUGCUCAACAAACUCAACGUGGCCAAGAAUGGGUGUCCUCUGGCAUUGAGCAAAAUCCACGUCAGCAACAACGGAAAACAUGGUGGUUGGUUCGUGGCCUUGAGGAAGCCGUGAAGAAUGAGAAUAUUCUCGUGAUGGAAUAUUUGCAUUCAGAAGGGGCGUUGAUAAGAUAUCAUACGGUGGAAGCAGCCAAAUCAAGAGGUUCUUGGGAAUUCCUAUUAAACCAUGGCUUAGAUGUGAAUAACCCUAUGCCAGAGGCGAAGGUGCCGCUCUUGCACGUUGUGAGUUGUAAUGAUCCUGAACUCUUAACUUGGUUCCUCUCGCUUGGUGCGGAUCCGAAUUAUGGCCCAAACGAAAGUCGUUUAUUACGCGAAGAGGGUGCAAUCCAACCAUAUUCGCAGCCCGAAAAAGACUCAGGGGCUGCAUUAGAGAUGGCUGCUUGGGAGUGCGACAUAGAAAUUUUUGAGCUUUUGCUUGAACAUGGUGCUAAGCUAGAGAACAGCCUUGCGCUACACCGAGCUAUGAUGAGAAAUUCCGAUGAUCGAAUUGCCUUUGCAGAGCGCAUCCUAAGCCAUGGAGCUGACAUAAAUCGUUUCGGGCAUCUUUCUCCCGUGCCACUGCGGGGUGGAACUGCUCUUGCGGUUGCAGCCAGGCUUGGUACGCUAGAUGAGAUACGCUGGCUAUUGGAACAUGGAGUGGACCAAUAUAUCGGCGAUAGCCAAGGUUUAACAGCAUCUCACUAUGCUUACUCCACGGUCGGGUCGCCUGUACGCUUUCAACGGAUUCUAGAUUUGUUAAAUGAAUUCAAAAGGCCUCAGUAG